UGCCGCACCCGCAUGUCAACGGUUAACCGAAAGGGAACUUGCUUGUAAUAUUUUAGAAAAUGACCACAAUGCCCAUCUAUUGCGAUAUCUACAAUCCAUCGGUUCGGUGCCAUCGCGGGUAACACCAACACGGGUAUCAUUUCCAAAAAUAGGAAAAGAAAUCUGCAAGCGUAACAGGAAAAAAAAACCUAAGUAGAGAACAAUUGAGAGACGGAGACAGGAAUGACGAUUGGAAGUACGACGCAAGCGUACGGUGAAUCAUGGUACUGGGACAACCGUUAUUCCCACGAAUCUGGCCCGUUCGAUUGGUAUCAAAAGUACCCCGCCUUAGCUCCUCUCAUCAACCUCUACAUCCCUCAGCGCCACCAGCGCAUCCUCGUCGUCGGUUGCGGCAACUCCGCUUUUGGCGAAGGCAUGGUGGAAGACGGUUACGAAGACGUGGUGAAUAUUGAUAUAUCAGCGGUUGUGAUUGAAGCUAUGCAGAGGAAGUAUUCUGGUCACUGUCCACAACUCAAAUAUAUUAAAAUGGACGUUCAACAAAUGGAUGAUUUUCAAACAGGUUCCUUCGGCGCUGUUAUAGAUAAAGGAACUCUAGACUCUAUCUUGUGUGGAAGUAAUUCACAACAAAAUGCCAGUCAAAUGCUUACAGAAGUUUGGAGGGUCCUCAAGGAUAAAGGAGUGUAUAUUCUGGUCACUUAUGGAGCACCGAUAUAUCGUCUGAACUUGUUGAGAAAUUCCAGCUUGUGGAGGAUAAAGCUUCAUGUCAUAGAGAAACUUAUGGUAGAAGAGAAAUCUGAGCAUCCAAUAUGGGAGCUGACUAAUCCUGUCCCAAUGGAGAAUGAGGGAAGCUCAGUGGAAGCAGUACUUGGGAAUAACCCUGAUGUCCAUUAUAUUUAUGUCUGUACUAAGGAUGAAUCUUUGAAGGCAGAGGCUGAGAUGGAAAUAGCAGCUCAUUAAAGAGAGAAGCAUUCCCACCCUUUUUCUAAGUAAUUCUUUCAGCUGUACUUCGAAUAUUCUAAUAUGAGCAAUAUUAUGUAUACACACUUUCGGUAUACAGUUUGUGUACAUAGAUGAUGUAUCAUCAUGUGAUUAAGUGUUACUUUAUCUUUAAUUCAAAAUCACUCAAUCAUAUGAUGACACAUUAUCUGUAUACAUAAAUUGUAUAUCAAAAAUAUGUACGUAUAGUUUUAUCGUUAUAAUUUGUAUGUUGAGAAUUAUUACCGUACUCUAAUUCGUUGUCUGUUUCAUGAAUGGCCUAAGCCAGUGGAUAUUAUGUAUUCCCUUGAUCAAAUCCGAAGUUCUUAAUAAUGAUUUGGAUA